AUGAGAGUGAAAAGGCAGAAGCGUCAUCGGAAGAGUGUGAGGUUCUACACAGCAUGCUACGGCUUCAGACAGCCCUACAGGGUGCUAUGCGAUGUUACUUUCGUGCAUCACCUCAUCACCAAUCUCAUUACCCCUGCUGACAAGGCCAUCUCUAAUGUCCUUGGUGCCCCUGUCCUGCUCUUCACCACCAAAUGCGCCAUCGCCAAGUUGAAACAACAUGGUCCAAUGCUUGGUCCUUCGUAUUCACAGUCUCUUGAAGCUGCUAAUAGCCUUAUUACUGCAAGGUGUGAUCACGAGAGUCACGUGAGUGCUGAAGAUUGUAUAUUGGAUGUUGUUGGGCAAAGUAAUUCCGAGCACUUCUUUGUUGCUACUCAUCACGUUGAUCUUCAUCGGAAACUUCUCAAGACACCAGGUGUCCCUGCUAUUUAUGCUCUGAGGACUGCUCUUUUGUUUAAGUCCCCUUCUGAUAACCAACACCAAUUUGUCAAAACUUUUAAAGAACAACGCUUGCAUAUGACUAACUUGGAAUAUAAGUUGUUGAAGAAGCAAAAGAAUAUUUCGAAUUCUCUUAAAAUAAAUGAUCCUCCUGGUGAAGAAGAUGGUUAUGGAGAUCAGAACAUGGAAGCGCAGGCUGUAGCAAAUAGGGAUAUUGCUAGGAUAGGAUUGGGCGUGAAGGAUAAAGUUCAAUUUAAUAGAAAGAAGGCAAAGGUACUACCAAACUCAUUUCUUUCAUGUUCCUCCUGGAAACACAUAACCUCCACCCCUGCCCCUCCUGUGAGCCCUAGCCACGACGUCGUCGAGUACUUGCAACUCCAACAAUCAUUGUCGUUGGUCCUUGAUUACAGACCCUACGGUGUCGUUUCUGCUUCCGGGACUGCUCGUCCAGAGAAGAAACUGGUGCCAAAGAGGAAGAGGAAGCGAUCACCGGUAGCCACCGAUUUCGCUCGUGCUGCUCUGGACUCUGUUUCGUACGGAUCUUGCUGA